AUGGCCUUACCAAGGGAGUCGAGCUUUAUGCCGGCUAUCAAAUGCUCGUCAUGCGGUCUCGAUGUAGAAAUCUCCAUGAUGGGCGAGCACAUCUGCGGCGGCCCAGGAGCAGAGCCAUCGGCGCCGCCAGAUCGUCCAGACAGCCUAGGAUCAUAUGAUCAGCCGCCGCCGUUGGACAACAAGUACGGACGCAUAGCACCUCCAACACUAGACACCAGUGCCGCCAAUCUCCCAUAUUCGCGACAGGGUCAAUUAACACCUAUAAGCACAUCGACUGGUUCAAUCAGCAUCUCGCCCAAAACCCCAAACAGCCAAGCUAUGGGCCGAAAUGACGACUAUUUCCAACCGCAAAUCGCAAACGACUACAACUCGAACCAGCAAUCUCGACGACCUGGAGGAUACGGGGCUUUCGACGAUGGUGACGACUUCGGAUCUGAACAGAUGUACCCAGGCGAACAAAAGAAGCAAGCGCCCAGCCUUCUUCAGCGUAUGAACACGAUCGCACCAGGGCCUUUCGAGAUGGGCAGGAGAGCGGGAGGUCGAGGAGCAACAAAGAACGCAUUCGCCCCAUCGAGACAGGACUCUUUGACUCCGGAUGAAAACAUGACAAACGACCGGCCACUGACUUCAGCAUCCAACAACUCCUUCAUGUCUUCUGGAAGCAGCAACGCUGGCGGGAUUGCGCCACCAAGACUACCAAGAAAGAAUGGUUAUGGAGGAUUUGGGCCGCCAGGAACAACCCCAGACGAUAUUGAGCCUGAAGCCUACGUUAGCCGCGCAGGUACUUUCCCGCGACCUAGCGAACCCAUCGAGCCGCCUCUGAGAACGCCUUCAGCACCUCCCACCCGAUCUGACAGACUUCGAGGACAGCCGAGCGGCGGAGAGCAUGAGAGGAAGAUUUCCAUGGGGCCCGACACUUCAAGAGCACCACCGCCGAGAACAAGUCUUCUGCGCCCGACAACAGCUGGAAGGGACGGCGUGCCACAGGUGGAUCUGGCGAGCGAGUUUGGUUCAUCGAACCCGUAUCACACUCCUUCCGCCUCUACGUCGUCCGGGGCGUCCAUGUUCAGCCAUGGUCGCCAGGCCAGUUCUCAGAGCAGCUCACAGUCUAGCCCGGCGAACCCGCGAGGACGUCGAAACCCCUCCGAUGUGACCAAUUUCGACAACUUGAUGAACGACAUUGAGUCUUCCAUGGAGGCUAUGAAGUCCCCCGGUAUGCCGCCACCAUCCCAGAAACCCCUGGCGAACCCGUAUUCGAGCCGCCGCGCACCGCCAUCUGUGGAUCUUCGAGAUGAUCCAGCUGUUCAAGGAGGCAGACCCCGUGCGAGAUCACCACUUGCGACACCCGACUACGACCGUCGCAACCCCAUGGACCGUAACCCCAUGGAUCGUUACAACCAAAAACAUGAGCGUCAAGCCAGCGAUCAGCGCAGCGUUUCGUCCCCGCCCCGCAACCGGCCCUCGCGAGGAAACUGCAAGUCUUGCGGCGAUGCCAUUACCGGCAAGAGCAUCUCAUCCUCAGACGGCCGUCUCACCGGACGCUACCACAAGGCUUGCUUCGUCUGCACAACUUGUCUCGAGCCCUUCUCUUCAGCGGAAUUCUACGUUCUCAACGACAAGCCUUACUGCGGUAACCAUUAUCACAAGCUCAACGGGAGCUUGUGUGGCUCCUGCAGACGCGGCAUCGAGGGUCAGUACCUGGAAGACGAAGAACGUAUCAAGUACCACGUCGGUUGCUUCCGCUGCGGCGACUGCGGAAUGUCGCUCUCCAACGGCUACUUCGAAGUCAACGGCAGAUCAUACUGCGAGAAGGACGCCUGGCGCCGCAUGCAAACGCCGCCUCGC